GCCACAGAUCUCCACCAGCAAGAAGCGGCCAUCGUUGCGUGGCGGAUAACGCCAACUUGUACGUGUUUGGAGGCUACAAUCCCGACUACGAUGAGUCCGGGGGGCCAGAGAAUGAAGACUACCCUCUCUUCAGGGAGCUCUGGCGGUACAACUUUGCUACAGACACCUGGCAUCAGAUGGGCACCGAAGGCUACAUGCCCAGGGAACUCGCCUCCAUGUCACUUGUAUUGCACGGCAACAACCUGCUCGUGUUCGGGGGCACCGGGAUCCCCUUUGGGGAGAGCAACGGCAACGACGUUCACGUCUGCAACGUCAAGUACAAAAGAUGGGCCCUGCUCAGCUGCCGAGGAAAGAAACCCAAUCGAAUCUACGGCCAG